UGCGCGUAAUAAAUUUAACAAAAAGGAUAAAUAGUAGGAUCGUCAAUCCGUAUUGCACCAAAAUAACAUCACUAUACGUAGUUCAAUUUAACUAACAAGAAUGAAGUACAGCUCUCUCAUCAACAUAGUCACACUAAUUGUAGCAUCAAAUAGCUGUCAAGGUCGUUCUACAAGCGAUCGUAGAUUGAGGCAAUUGAGUACUGGCAGUGAAAAUUCAUCUACUAUCUACAACUUUCUGGCCGCAGACCCCGAACAAUAUAGCACCGAAGACAACGAAGUAGGAACCAUCAAUUGGGUGAGGGGUAGUGCUCAUGCGCCGGGAUCGGUCGAAUGGAUUGGCGUCGAUGCUAUUGGCGAGGGCACGACCCCUGGUGGGAAGCUCAACUUGGGGAUGUUCAACAUGACUCAAUUGGGAGAAGUACGUACAUCACACUGGCACCCGAACGCAAAUGAACUGUCUUAUAUUAUUUCCGGUAAGUGCCGGGUGACAGUGACAAGUGUUGCGCACAAAAAUUUAAACGGCAUUUCCGUUCCAACCGUGGAACAACCCCACAGACCUACAGAGACCUUUCUUUUGGGGCCCGGUGACGCGUUCUAUGCACCAGUUGGGUUUUCUCAUCACUUUGAAAACGUGGACGGGUCUGAACCAUUAGUCGGGAUAGCGAUAUUCAAUACUGACAACUUAGAGUCAUUCGACAUGCCACAAGUGAUGAAGCAUAUUGAUGCAGAUGUCUUGUCUCGCACGUUGGAUAUUCCUGUGGAUAUGGUAGAAAAAUGGUAUACAGGGCCUAGAACAGUACUCGACGCCCCAACACCUGAAUGGAAUAGCGAUUCACUAGCGAACGCGGAGUCCGGGCCAAGUACCAUGAUUGAUUAUUUAGUAUCUGGAAUAGACCAGAAUCUGCGAGAAGCACCCAGAUCUGAUACAAAUGGUAAAGUAAGCACAGGAGUUGUGGACGCAAAUGACUUCCCGAUUCUGCAAGGAAUGUCCAUCGCGUACACAGAAAUUGCUCCGGGAGCUGUACUAGAACCCUAUUGGACUGAUAAUGCUGACGAAUUGAUUUACGUAUUGGAAGGCAUCGAUGUGCAUGUAGGGAAAGCUGAUAUGCGCGGCACAAGGAGUGGCACCUGGGAUGUAGAAACGGGAUACUUGGUACUAAACGAGGUUGGUGUGACGGUAUACAUAGAAAAUCGCGGUACAGAGCCUGUGAAGCUGCUAAGAAUCUUCAACUACGAGCUUCCCACUCUGACGACCCUUCAUGACUCGUACGUUGCCGUGCCAGUGGAUGUAGCCGCCAGUAUGCUACAUGUUGAUGGCAAGGAUACUGGUCUAGCUCAAAGUUAGAACACCUGCUUCGACUACUAGAUAUUGUAUACAGCUAUAAAUUAUAUAUAGAUAAC